UAACCAAUCUACCUCUCACAUUUUCAGACAAAACUCAAUUUCACAGUGAAAUCAAAAACGAUGACUAGCUCCAAUCAAUCUCCGUCGCACGAUGUCUUCGUCUACGGCAGUUUUCAAGAACCAGCCGUCGUUAAUCUGAUCCUCGAAUGUUCUCCGGUCAUGGUUUCCGCUCAACUCCACGGCUAUCACGUUUAUAGACUCAAAGGUCGUUUGCAUGCUUGUAUCUCUCCUUCUGAGAAUGGACUUAUCAACGGCAAGAUACUAAGUGGAUUAACAGAUUCUCAGUUAGAGAAUUUAGAUAUGAUUGAAGGAAGUGAAUAUGUGAGGAAGACUGUUGAAGUUGUUUUGACUGAUACUUCUGAGAAGAAGCAAGUUGAAACUUAUAUAUGGGCAAACAAGGAUGAUCCUAAUUUGUAUGGAGAAUGGGAUUUUGAGGAAUGGAAGAGGCUUCAUAUGGAGAAAUUCAUAGAGGCGUCGACGAAGUUCAUGGAGUGGAAGAAGAAUCCGGAUGGGAGAAGUAGGGAAGAGUUUGAGAAGUUUGUAUUCGAUGAUCCUCCCGCUGCGGCGUGAAGAAGUUGUCUGCGUUUAUCUUCUUGUUUCAUAUCAAGAUUUGUAAAAGAUCACUCUCUUUUACUGCGAAUAAAAGGGUCUUAUAUCUUCAAAGACAAUAAGAGGCUUUGUGAGUUGGGAACACAAAGAUGUUGUUGUAUCUAUAUUGUUUGUGAACAUUGUGUUGUAUGCGAAUGUUGUUUCAUCAUUUUUAGUGUAUUUCAGUUAAAAGCAUUUUUGGUGUU